AUGACCCGAAGCAAAAGCUCUGCGCAAACAGACCUGUUUUCCCGGUUGGAAGAGCUUUUGAGUUCACAACCUUCAGCCGCAGGAUCUUCUCCAUGCAGCGCAUCGACCCUUUUGGUCGAAUUGGGGACACCAUCUGUCUCAAUUGCUGUUCUCGACAAGGGCGAAAUACAUUCUCGUUGUAUCACGAGCUUGUACGACAAUGAAUUGACUCGGUUUCAAUCCGGCUCCAUUUCGAAGGCUAUCGCUUCGUUGGCCGUUUUCAAGCUGAUUGAACUUGGGAAGCUGUCUCUGCAUGGCUCGAUAGCUCAGUACCUCCCCACAUCCCUCAUGCGCCAACUUGAAACGGCGCACACAGCAGGAUUAUCCCAACACAUCACGAUCGCCCAGUUGCUCAGCCACACGUCAGGGCUUGAGCCUGAUGGGGUCUUUGGGUUUCCGGGCUAUGAAGAGAGCAGCAGCGAUGGAGAAACCGGUCUUCCUGACCUAAGGACUAUUAUUGCCGGCGAAGCGCCAUGCAACACUCUCCGCAUCAAGCUCGCAGAUUAUCCAGGUCAUCGUUUUAGCUACUCUGGCGGGGGACUAACAGUGCUCCAGAUGAUAGUAGAGCAGGUACUGGGAAAACCAUUUUCCACAGUCAUGCGGGAAUACCUUUUUGAUUCCCUAGAAAUGACACGAUCAACGUUUGAGCCGCCAGGCCCCGGAGAUAUCAACGGUUUGGAGCCUUUCGAUCAUAAAGGUGAGGGAAACUAUGCCCGACCAUAUUAUUCUGGUCAUAAGCCGUGCGAAACAACCCACCGGGUUAAUCCCGAGCAGGCUGCUGCCGGAUUAUGGAGCACACCAGAAGAUUUGCUUAAAGCAGGUCGGGCCAUACUAAGGUCACUGAACGGGGAACCAGAUGCAUUUCUGAACCAGGCAUUAGCACGCACAAUGCUCACCGAGGUCCAAAAUGGCGUCGCCCAUUCAUGGUUUGUGGCCCGGGAGCCGCCAUGGCAGGUAUUCAGGCACGCGGGUAGCAACAUGCCUGGCUGGAGAUGUCAUCUGAUAUGUUUUGCAAACGACACGGGAUCGGCCUCUCCGAAGAAGACGUACACGCACCAAGAUGCGGCGGUCCCGGGGGAGGGGUGCGGAAUCGCAAUAAUGACAAACUCGGUUGAAGGCGUCGCGACUUACAGUAAAGUCCUAUUCGCAGCAUGCUACCUACUGGGCUGGCCUGCUCCACCGAAACCACGAGAGGGCUCCGACAUCGUAGUCCCAUUCGCCGAUACCCAUACAAAGGUUGAUCCCCAGUGGAUUGGGUGGGAGGGGCACUGGGAUGGGGGAUGGGAACUCUUUGAAGGCCAGGACGGAGCCCCUUUUGCCAGAUUGAGAGGCAUGGCCGCCGUGAGCUUGUACGUGGCGGCGCGUCCGCGGAGCAUGGCGGAGAUGGCCAAGCCACGGGGCGAGAGAAGCGUGGAUCUUGUUUGUAGCGGACUCGAGAUCAUGUUUCGGCUGAUGACAGACGGGCGGGAGCGGGUGAUCGAGAUCUGGCACGGCGGGCAGCGGGAUCGGCGGCGGCUGCAGCGGGCCGAUAUACCGAACUAG